AACCAUAUAACGCGGCGCGAAGGGGGACUUAUAUUGUUGUAACACGGAGAUGCAAUCAAGAAGAAAUUGAAGUAGUAGUGAAAUUUCUUCAUUUUGCAUUUGAAGUAAGACGUUUUUUUAUUUAACGGCAUGCUGUAACGGCUAACGGUUGCUUGGCAGAUCGGUUAGCACGCGUCCGACACGUCACCUCGGUUCGAAAAUGAUUUAUCAAAUUCCCUGGAUCUACACUCCGGUCCGCUCCAUCCUGGCAAUCUGGCAACAGCUGACCAAAGCUGAGGUGAGAUCCCGGAGCUGACCAGGGGUUCUGUGAUGAUGAGGGAGCGCGGCAGAGUGGAGGACACCAUUUACGCCAUGCAAAAAGGAGGAGCAGGCAGCCUCCAGGUUAUCUCAGACUUUGAUAUGACACUCACCAGAUUUGCUCACAAGGGGACGAGAGUGCCCACCACCCACAACAUCCUUAAUAACCGGCUGUUGAUGGAUGAAGACUCCACAAAAAAGAUGAAGGAGCUGUUAAAUAAAUACUAUCCCAUAGAAAUUGAUGCGAGGCUCAGUCCUGAAGAGAAGCUGCCCUAUAUGGUGGAAUGGUGGACUAAAGUCCAUGAGCUGCUGAUUGAGCAGAGGAUUAGAAAAGACAUGCUGGGCGUCGCCGUCAGGGCAUCCAGCGCCAUGCUCAGGGACGGCUACCGAGUGUUUUUCGACUGCCUCGCUGAGCACCAGGUUCCUCUGCUGAUCUUCUCCGCCGGAGUCGGCGAUGUUCUGGAGGAGGUGAUCCGACAGAACGACGUCUUCCAUCCAAACGUCCGCAUCAUCUCCAACUACAUGGACUUUGACCACACCGGGGUCCUACAAGCCUUCAAAGGCCAGCUGAUCCACUCGUACAACAAAAAGGACGGCGCUCUGUCCCACGCCACCACCCUCAGAGAGCUGCACGGCCGACCCAACGUCCUCCUGCUGGGAGACUCUCUGGGCGACCUGAGCAUGGCUGACGGCGUCGCCGAGGCCCAGAACGUCCUGACCGUCGGCUUCCUCAAUGACCAGGUGGAGGAAAGAAAAGAGUCGUACGUUAACUCGUACGACGUCGUGCUUUUAAAGGACGAGACGAUGGACGUUCCAAACGCCAUCCUGCGAUAUAUCGUCUCGCCACAGAUGAGCGAAACGCACGAGAAAAAAGUGGAUACUACUGCAAAAGAAUGACACGGUGGACCUUGUUUGCCUGCAGAGGGAUCUCACAAUUUAACCUCAAGAGUACGAACACAAAUCUCACCGUUUUCAUUUCCAGUCAAAACUCAGGUUUCAAAGGGACUUUUGUUUUUUGUUUUGAGAAAGCAACGGCAUGCCGCUUUGAAUUUAAUCUGCAAAUGAAGAAAGUGUGUUGUCUGCUAGACUAUCAGCCCAUAUUUACACGUCUUUUCCUUUAGUUGGGUCCUGUUUGUGUCCCUUAAAACCUUUUACGUCGUAGUGAAAUGCUGCUUUUAGACACUUUUUCUUUCAUCUGAGCCAAGAUGUUGUAAAUCUGUGUGUCAAAUAUUUGACCUAGAAGCAUAUUUGCCCCAUUUUGUUUAUUUUUUUUUGUGUGUUCUUGGUAACUACUAAUGUACGGGUUCAAGUCUAGACCCUAAAUAAUUUUGUAUUUCUGUUCUCAGCUUUUUUUUUUAAGCUGCAGUAACAGACAAGCACAGAAAUUGUUGUAAACCAUUAACCCUGGUGUUUUACUAUUAACCUCUGCCAUCAUAAGAUGGUAUUUUAAGACAGGUUCCUUUAUAAGCAUAACUCAAGUGAUAAUUGUUGAACAUUACAGCAAAAUGAGCACAGCAUUAUAGUUUGUAUUAUUUCCCAAAUCUAACACGUACUAAAACCUAAAGGGAGAGUAUUUUCCUAAGAUAUAAAAGGUGCUACAUUCAGCUUGAUAAAACCCGGUGGUUGCAUUUCUGCAGCAGGGAACAUGGGAGCGGAAUGUUUCUCAGUCAGAAAUAAGUUCUUUUUUUUUUCUCCAAACUUUUAUUAUUACAACAUUCAGGGACAAAAAAGGUGCUUCAUCUAUUUUCAGAAACCUCACGCACAAAAUCCUCCACAAAAGAUGUUUUUGCACUGUUUUCUCCUCAAAGAUCUAAUACUGUAAAUAAUAAACUGUGAUGUUGUGUGUGUG